UUCAUCGUUAGCAUCACACAGGCUAACUUGACUGUUGCUACCUUGUCGAUAAGGAUAAGUUUUCCUCACCUUUGUGACCCAAACGCAUCGUCUUAAUUCUAGGGGCAGACUGUUUUCCUCCAUAAACACAGCUGGGCAGUCAUAGAGCAACUGGAUAUCUUCUGACCUUGUGUGUAGAGGAUGUCUUCGUCAAUAUACUACAACCAAGACAGUGUUACCCGCUUCAAGAAGAGAAAAGCUCGGUUUUCUUUUAGUGAAGUUCACAUAUUGCUGGAUGAAGUGAGGAAGCAUCGUGCAGUUGUUGUGGGCAAAUUCAAUCGCGGAGUGCCAACGGACACGAAGAAACGCACGUGGGCAGAGAUUACUGCUCGAGUCAAUGAGAUCGGAGAGUGUCAACGGGAAAUUAUUGAAGUCAUCAAGAAAUGGUCGGACCUGAAGUGUGACACCAAGCGGAAAGUGGCUGCCAUGCGGUCGGGGACGGUACCCAACAGGGGCCUUAACUCCCGCCUCUCCCGUGACCUCAAUCAAACUGAGAAAAUAGUCCUCCAGAUUCUGGAGAUGAACGACAAAGACCAGGGUACAGGUGACUUUGGUCCCCUCGGGGAUGACGACGAUGUCCCUGACGAAGAAGAAGACAUGGAGGAGGAAGAUAUGAUUGGAAUGCAGAGUUCUCCGAAUGGUGGGGUGGACCUGGGAUCUGUGCCUUCAGGGGACUUGUCACAGCCGGCUUUUGAUGUGCAAUAUGAAAUACCUCCAACAGAAGAUGCUGAGACGGCAUUUGGCGAUUCAGACGAUGAUCAAAGGGAAGAUGUGCUAUCUUCAGCUCCAGCAACAAAGACAAUGGAAGAUCAUCAAAUAAACAACGGUGUCCAAAAACAAGUGCCACCUAAGGCGCCCUCUGGACCCUCGGCUUCAGCGGCCACGCUUCCCGUGGCGGGUCAGGCGCUGCCGACCACGAGGGACGGCAUUCUGCAGAACGCAGCGCUCAGCCUGCAGGAGCAGCACGCCACCAACGUCCUGCUGGAGACUGUUUCGCGCUCCCUGGAGCUUCUGUCGGAGUCGGUGCAGCAGCUGGCGGAGACUCAGCAGGAGUUUGUGCGCGAGUCGCUGCAGCUCCAGCGGGAGACGGUGCAGGUUCUCAGAGACUUCACGGGCGGAGCCAUCGCGCUCAUGCACGACAAGCUGAACGGCCGGCCGGCAUUAUAACAGGACUGACAGGUGGAGAUGCAGAGUUGUAUCACUGACUUCACAGAGGGCCAGACUAGAAAGCUCUGUUGGACACCACCUCUGCUCACUGUACUUUUUUGGUAGAACAGAUUUCUGUGGUUAUAUUUUAAAACUUUAUUGGUAGAAACACUUUUUUGGGGUGGAAUUGCUUUCUGUGUGGUUACAUGAAAGUACUCUGAGAAAACCGCUAAUUUUAGCCAUAAGGAAAGACCAUGGACAUUUCUCUUUUUAUUUUUUUGCUACUGAAAGUGAGACUCACAUUUUUUUAUUAAGUUAACGCCAUGCGGAAAGUCUGUACAGUCCUUAAUGUGAUUAUGUAAAGAAUUUGUGGGUCUCUUUGUUGUAGUUUUGUGUUGCAUCAGACUGGAGAUGACCACGUUUACUGUAACGGUCGAGUGGACAUCUGCACCUGACCAUUGUAUGGUCCUUUUGUCUGAGCUAAACAAGGUGUGUUAGACACAUUCAGAAUAACUGUUGGUGAAGAAAUUGUUGACUGUCUGAUCUUUGUUUUUUUUUAUAUUUCCAAAAUGAAAACUUGAAUAUAAAAGUUUUAAUAAGUUCUUUAAAAUAUGGAAUAAAUGCUAAUGUGAUGAAAAGCUGAGCUCAUUUUUGCAGCUGGGAGCUUGUUGAAUGCAACAAGCUCCGGUGCAAUUUUCCACUUCACAGCAAUUUUCUAGCACAUUUCAGCUAGAUUAUGAUUGUAGAAUAUUUCCAGCUUCAAAAGCUAUAAGUGCGACGGUUUGAAGUGUAAUAAAGACAACACUUAUAAGACUUAUAGGAGGUUUCAGCUGAUUAAUGUAUACAAAGAUAGAAAAUUACCUACAGGAAACCAAACCAUCAGAUACAUUUUCUCCUGAUAAUAACGUAGAUAUAUGAAAUAAAAAAUCUGUGUAUGAUGUGAAACUUUGUGGGAAAAAUACAGCUUUGACAUUCUGUACAAUGUUUGAACUUCUCUGAAAAGUAACUUUUCCUGCUAGAUUUGUAGUGCCAUAGGGGUCCCAGCAGGGAGCGCUGACGAGCAGUCUUACAAGCCUGAUUGUGUCGUUCUGAGUGAAUGAAAACAUAAGUUGUUCCGUUUGUUUUCUUUGUUAACUUUAAAAACAACCGUCUGGAUUGCUGGUGUAACUCCUUUUGUUUCUGCUCUGCUUCAUC